AUGCUUCAGUCCCUCAGUUCUACGACUCCGUCUCCGACGGCGCGCCAUGGCGAACAGCCUCCUUCCGAGUCCCAAAGGCUCAGCCAGGCCUUCGGUCUCGCCGCAGCCGCACAAGUCUCUUCCGGCCUCGCCUGUGGAGCUCCAAGAGGCGGCGGAGCCUGGCCUCCGCGGCCCUCUGGGGAUUCAAAGGCCGUUGCUGGCGCGCCCCCCGCAGGAGUCGUGGAGGAGACCGAGAGACUGAUGGAACUUGUUCGUACCGUUGAGACAGGAAGGCUCGCUGCAUGCAGACGCGCUGUCUGUGGAUUGGCGGCAAAGUUUCGGCUGUACGAGGCGACGGGGCGUUUGUGUCGCUGUCCGCCCUCGAGGUCUCUGCGCUGCAAGCCGCCGCGCUCUCGGGUGCCCUCGUCUGAGGCCUCUGGCGGGGAAGAGGAGAAUGAGAGAAAUCGGUUGAAUCGCCUUCUGCGUCACGGCGAAGGAGGUUGUCUGGAAGAAGAACUGGCGGAGACGAGAGGGAAGCCCCCCUGUGUCCAAUCAAGGGAGACGGAGGAAGUCGAGGUCUCUCUCUGCGGCUCUCCAGUUUGUUCUUCGCUACAGCUGCACGCUGCGCUGGCUGAGGCGCUCGUUUCUCUGGUGCGACGGUGUGGAGAAGGCGCAGAGGCGAGGCAGAGAGAACUCACGCAGGAGACCCACAGGAGACAGACGACCGAGGAAGACGAAGCUGUCGCUCUUCUUCAAGGCCUGCAACUCCUCAAGUCUCUGUGUGAGAGCGACCAUCAGUAUAUUGCCGCCUUCCACGCCGCCGGUAUGGUGCCGCAUCUCAACUGUCUCCUCUCCGGACUCUCCGCUCGAACCGGGGACGCAGGCCCUUUGGCGUCGCUCUCGUCCUUCCGCUCUGGCGCGGAGACACCAGGCAACGCCUCGCCUGCUCUGGCAUCUGCAAUUAACGAGGCCCUACAAAUCCUCCUGACGCUGUCUCCUGCUCCUUCUCCGCGGAGACAGGCCUUCUCCCAAACGCUUCAGAGCCAAGCGUCUCCGUCGCAAGGUGUCUCCUCCACCUCUUGGCGCGACCCCGCAGCAGCGGCUCCGCUCCACCGGCCUUUUGUCUCUUCAUCUGAUCCCCCUUCUUCCUCAUCUGGCCUCGCGCGAAAGGAGACAGAGGCGUUGUCUCGAGUACCGCAGCCGUCAGCUGGCCCUCUGGGACACAGUGUCUCCAAAGAUUUGGAACCUCAUGCACCUCUCUUUACCACUGCCUCGCAGCUUUCGGUGUCUCCUUCGUUUCCUUCUCCGACAUCUCCCGUUUCUUCUUCUCGAGAUGGAGGCUCGCACUCGUGCCGCCUGGGUGAAGAGGCUCGCAGCGCCCACCGGACGAGACUGCGUAUCUCUGCCGGCCUCGCGCUUGGACAGCCCAAAGAAGGAAGAGAAGACGGGAGAGCGGAGAAGGUGCAGAUCGGAGGCGGCCGUGGAGAUGCGUUUCUUCUUCACUCCUCUCCCGGUCGAACUGUGGUCCCGGCGAUCGUGCAUGACCCGCGGAUCCUGGCUUCUCCGCUUGUCUCUCCGCAUGCGUCAGUCCCGACAUCUCCGAGAGAGACAGGUUCCGGAGAUCGGCCCCCCGUUGCUCGCGGGCCAGCCGUUUCUCCGACUUCCUCAUUUUCCUCGAGCGCCUCCUGGGUCGCAACCCCCAUCGUUCUGCAAGCUGGAACUUCGUUUUCUCAGCUUGCUGCUGCCCCUACUGGUUCCGCGGGCGCUCGCCAGAAAGGCGAACUCGAUGGCGAAGUCCCGGAGGGAAGCCGAGCGACAGACGGACGAACCUGCCCAGCCACGCACUCCCGGGAGGUCUGGUGUACAUACACCGGAAGCGGUGCAGCUCGCCAGGAGCCUGAGUCCGCGCUCCGUGAGGGAGACGACGGUGCUUUCGUUCCGUCUCUCGGUUCUCCACGGCAUAUGGCCGAGCAACGAGAGGAUCGUUUGCAUGUGCCUCCUGCGGCCUGUCGUUCCGGUGUUCGGUUUGCUGCUUCGCUCGCAGGGCGCCCUCCAGCUGACUUCUCUGUGGAGACGCGCUGGCAGCAGCAGCUCUCGCAAGGAGAAGAGCGGGAGACGACGAGAGAAGGACAGUGGCAAACCGAGAAGGGAUGCAGAGGUGAUCUGUCGCUGGCAGGGGAGAAGCUGGAGAGACACGAAGCUCGCGAAGGAGAAGCGCGAGGAGGCGAGUUCGGAGUCGCCAGUGACGUUCUGGGCUCUGUCGGAGCAGGAGACCUGUCACGAAUUCAUCCCUCCGAUGCGCGUUUGAUUCAGAGUGUGUGCGAAGCGUUUCGCUCUCGCGAUCUGCGACCGGAGGACAUCAUCCGCCUCGCCUCCUGUCUGCCUACGGAUGUCCUCCCCGAUUUCCACCCUGUCGCGCGGCUCUUCAUUCUCCAGUCCUUUUGCCUCCAACGACGCGCUGCUGCUUCUGCCGCGGCCUUGACAUGCGCGCGAGAGCGAGAGGAGGUUUCUCUCGCGUCUUUCUGUCUAACGGAGGCCCUUUGCGAGGCCCUGAAGAGUUCGCACGAGAAACGCACAGGCCUGUGGGGCGGACUGUCUCCAGUGUCUCCGUGUUCGGGGGGCGAGGGGGACAGACAGGCCGCGGGGUGGGCCCACAGAUGUUGGCGCCGGAGCGAACAAGACGUCGAGCUUCUUCUCGCGCUUCUUCGAGUGGCGCUUGGAACUCUCCAGAGCCUGAGAGAGGCCCUGUGCGUCGCCGUCUCUUCCGGCUUCUCCUUCCCUCGCGCAGAGCCUCUCUCGCGUGCUUCAGGUGUCUCUACGGCUGCGACCUUCGACUCCUCUUUCGCCCAAGAACUGACGCCGUUUUUUUCCUCUGCGGGAUGCGGGUGUCGAGGGAGGCUUCCUCCUCGUUCGCUGAUUCUGUCGCUUCUGUCCAGCGCCUUCCAAUACGGUUUGUGGGAGCCUUCAGCGCUUCCCGAGCUUCGUUCGCUUCUCUCGCUCUGCAUGCAAGUUCUCUCUCUCCGCAUCCAAGCGGAUCUCGAUCAAGAGGGGAGGCCUACGUCGCCCGCGUCGCUCGGCGAUUCUGUCGGCUCUGCAGGCAGUUUCAGUCUGUCUCUCGAGGAGGCGCUGGUCGUCGGAAGGCAGCUGUUUGCGGGAGUGACAUUUUACUUCCCUCGAGCUGCUCUCGAUUUCUCGUCUUCAGAUCAGAGUGGAGACAACAUGCGUGGAAGCGGUGGCCCACGAGUGGAGGCGCGCACAGCCGAGACAGCUUGGGAGGGCGAGAGUGUGGGGAAGAAGCUGCGAGAAGAGACACACCGCCUGCUUCAGCUCGCUCCGUGUCUCCGCGGUCGCACAGAGACAGGGGCGUCUCUCGGGAGAGAGUGGACGAUCGACCGCGGCCUCAUCUCUGUAGACGAGCUCGUCGCAACGUCUACCGCAACUCCUCUGACACCUGAACAAGAUGCGUUUUUGGACAUCUUCCUUUUAACGCUUCGGUGGGUGUCUCCGCCCCUUCGCUUCGUGUGGCUCCACGAAACGCGCCUUCUUCCGCUUCUCGUCUUUUUCCUCUUCAAGUCCAACUUGCUCUUUUGUCGUCCUCGUCUUCUUCCUCUCCUCCUCGAGCCUCUCGUCUUGCGCGCUCCCCGCGGGGGAGAGAGCUCCAUCCUCCGCAGAACUUUCCUGCCGCCGCCAGACGCUGCGCCUGUCUCCUCAGGCCCCGUCGCCCCGCGCGCCUUCGCUGGAGCUCCACCGCGGCGCUUGCAGCGGGGAACUGAGGCCGACUCGUCUCGCCACCCUGCGCCCGGAGGCCUGAACUGCAAGUUCGGAAUUUCAGUGCAGACAGCGGCAGAAAGAGGCUUUGCCCUCGGCUACGCAGUUCUUGAAGGCCUGCUUCUCCUGGACGCCCUUCUGGCUCUUCUUCGUUUCGCCUCGCGCUCGCGAGAGGUCCAUGCGCUGGAGUGCGUGUCUCGUAGAGAAGCCCAAGGAGCGAGAAGCGACGAAGAAGCGCGAGAACAGAGGGAGAGAUUCCCGUUCUCGCAGCAACCUGCAGAAUCCUCAACAGAAAGUUCAGAUCAGCGAAACGAAACUGUCAACUGCGCGGAUUUCCUGGAAACCUUUGCGGCCUCUCUGGGACGAUAUGCGAGGCCUGGUGACAGCGCAGGAGAGGGUGCGGCAUCAGGGGGCGAGGCCCUUGGCUUUGGUUCGAAAACCUGCGACUCAGGUCGGGCAAGAGAUACGGAGCAAUGUUCUGUCUGCCGGCCUUCGCAGCGGUCUCAAGAGCUCGACGCGUUAGCUUCUGGGUGCGAUCGGUCCGCGUUUUCUUGUCCAGGCGACGCCGCUCUUUUUCCUCUUUAUUUGCUCCUCCUCGGAUCCCCUCGCGAUCCGACUCAGCAAGAGAGAAGACGCCUUCUGCAGGGGAGUUGUACACCAUCGAUGACAAUCCUGCAACGCCCCACACGGGGAGAACGAGGAACCUCGGACAGCCGAGGGAAUGUCACUCGCGACCUUCUCUCGGAGCUCCUUUUCUCUCUCGUUGCAAAUGUUGUCUCCUCAGCGUUGUUGGGUGGCACAUGUUCUUCCGCUUCGUCUUCUGCUUCCUAUUCGCUUGGCUCAGGACGCCCGAAGCCACUGCGGUUGUUUGCUCUCUUAUCGCUGCUGGCUUGUCCGAAUCCUGGAGUCCCUCGUCUUGUUCGUUCUCUCUUGGACAUGGCCUGCGUCUCUGACUCUUCCACGCCGCCCUUGGGUCGACGCCCAGGCUCUCGCGCGGACCUUCUCGGUCUCCUUCUCGCUCCAGACUUUGUAUACGAGCUGUGUGUCUCUGGCCAGGAAGAAGCUCGUGCGUUCCUUACUCGAAGCCUUAUUCCUCUUCUUCUUCACCUUGCGGGUCUCUCUUCUGAAGGAGACGCCGACGCCUCCAGGCGGCCUGUCUCAGGCGAGGCUCUCUGCGCUCUCGACUUCAUCGACCUGUGGGAUCCUUCUCUCCUCCCUCCUCUCCUCUCUCGCAGCUCUUCUUCCUCUUCCGCGGCGGGCGGUCUCGCAUCUUGGUGCUCUCUGUCUCAGCUCCUUCGUCGCCUCUUUUCGGUAGACGCAUCAGUGAGGAGCGACGGGGCGCAAGCGCUUCUGCUCAACGUCCUUCGUCUCUCUCGGUCUCCGACGAGUCUCGCACCCGGCUCUCCCGCCUCUCGUUCCGCCUGGUGGGCGACGGUCGCCGUAGCGUCCGCGGCCUGCCGAGGCCUCAACGAGGCCGAGAGAGGUCCACGGACGCCGGCCGGACUCGCAGGCGGCUCGGUAGCCGAGUCUGGAGAGGAGGAAGCUCGCAGAGAACGGCCUGCGCCUCCUGCUCUCGACCCUCUGGGGACUGCGGCGGCGUUCUGGCACUCGCGGGGCCGAGAAGAAAUGCAGGCGUUCUUCGUCAGAAACCUCGAGUGGAGACAGGACGAGGUGGACAUGCUGCGUGUGGCUUUGCUGAACCGCAAGCUCGACUGGAAGACAAAGACGCAGUCUCUCCGGGCGUUGAGCGUUUUUCUUGUCUCCUGCCCGCGAGCGGCCAUCGCCUUCUUCUCGUCUCCUGCUUUCUUCCAAGAGGCAGCCAGUCGAAGCGAAUCCUCUGCCUCGUCUCACAGCGCCGAAGCGGUGCGAAGUCCCUGCUUCCCAUUUGGGGCAACUGCAUGCCUGGGUGGCGAUCAAGAGAUCCCCGGGCCAUUUGUCUGCGGAACGCAUCAUGCGCCGGCUUCGGAAUCUUCUGCGCCUUCUCUUCAACUGCUUCCUGCCUUGCUGUCUCUCUUUUUCUCCGUGUGUAUCGAAGCCUUCGAAGACAGAGAGCCCCCGGCUGCGGAGCCUCUCGCCCUCAGCCUCUUGUCGGAGUUGCUUCGUUUCUUCGCGCUUCCGCUCCACCUUCUCCCAGCGACGGAAGUCUCUUCUGCACAGGUUCACACACUCUUGGAGCGCGAGUUGGUGGCUUCUGGAAUCUUGGCGUCUCUCGUCCUUCUCCCCGCUCCCGCCCUCUGUUGCUUCGCCUUCCAGCUGGUCGCUCGGCUCCUCUUCUCUCCCUUCUGCACCUUCCUCGUCUCCUCGCGACGCUGUCCCCUCGAGCCUGGCCUCGCUCGCUGCCUCCGGAGGGACGACGCCGAGGAGUCACUCGCGGCGGCUUCGGCGGCCGCUUCGGCGGUGGUCCACGGCGUUCCUGGAGACGCAGGAGACAAGCAUAUGCGGCUCCUCGUCCCCUGUUGGGCGACGGCGACUUACCUUUUUCCUCUGCCCCUGCAGCAAGUGCAACUGCGGCUCGCGAGCGUCUCCUUCUGGGACGCCCGGCCUCCAGACCUCGCGUUCGGCCUCCUGGGAGACUCGUGGAGCCAUCUCGCCCCGUUCUGUUCGCUCCUGUUGUCUCCUCACCUGCGGCCCUUGAGGAGACGGCGCCAGGGAACGGAUGACGAGGAGCGAGAGGACGAGGAGACAGAGAGAGAGGAGGCAGAACUCGCAAAGUACUCGAGAGAGAGAGAGGACGAGAUGCAGACAGGCAGCGAGGACGCUGGCUUGUUUUUUUCAGAAAUUGUUGCGUCAGGCUUUGCGCGUUCUGAGCUGCCGAACUCUUCGCCGGUGUUUGAAGGGAGCGACGCGCUCUCUCUUUCUGCACAGGUGCCUCCGUGGGCCUCUCCCGAGCUUGUCAGGUUCCUGUGUGACAUGCAGAAUGCGUCGCUCUCUGGCCCCGAGGAGUUUUUUCUUGCUCGGCAGCCGCCGUUCCAGAGUCUCCGUUUGCCGGAGAUCGCCGCUUCUCUGGCCUCUCUCUCUCGCUCGGAGUCGCCUGGCGAGGACAUCAUACGCCCAGCGCUCUUCGGUGGCGUCCCCUCCGCGUCCUCGAGCCUCGCCUCUCUUUCUGCCUCUGCGUCUUCCCUUGGUUCUUCGGCUCCAGUCCUCCCCGUUGUUGGGCUCUCGCGUUCCAGUCUCCUCCUGACACCACGCGUCGCGCAACUCCUCGUCGAUCCCCAUACCCACUACUUUUCGCUCCUGCUGCUUCACCUGCGUCGGCCGCCGCCUCUCAGAGCCGCGCCGGCGUCGGUGGGCGGCGGAGAACGUCGACGCCCUGCCAGGAGCCAGUCUGGAGCCUCUCCAACCGAAGGGGAGACGAGCGGCGCGGCGAAUCCUCCCCCGCCUCCCAGCUCCUGCGCCCUGCCGCAUCCCUCAGAUGUGCCAUUUCUGGAAGCCGUGAGGGCCGCGGAGAUGCUCCUGCGCGCCCUCGCGGGAGGCGAGGCCCUCCGCGGAGACAGCUGGGGGAGACGGGGAGAGAGCGGACGAGCUGUGGGGACCGGCAGAACAGCAGAGACGGCAAGGGAGGUCCGGGGAAGCGAGGCUGAAGGAGAAGAACAAACCGCAUGGGCAGAGCGGCUUCUGCGCCGUUGUGAGCAAGAGACAACGCCUCCGGCUCUGCAGACGGGCUUGGCGCGGCUCGGGGAGGUUGCUAGCCAUCACAUUCUGCCUUUUGUCGCGAAACUCGCCGCUCAGCUAGCCAGCAUCUUGGACGCAGAUUGCGCCUCCUCCGCCGGUGACCUCUGGGGUCAGGAUGAAGUUUGUCGCCUCCCUGAAAGCGGAGACGACACCCUCACGUCGAUUCGACCUUCUGCGUUGGCCUCUCGAGACGGCGAACGCGAAACACAGCGCGGAGACUGGGACGGGUCGCAGGCUUCACCCUCGCAGGUGUAUGGAUGCCAAGAGCGCUCAGGAAGCGUUGCGAGCUUCGUGCGAGAGUUGGACCUCCUUCUUGCCUGCCUCGAGUUUCUUCUCCGCUUCCUGCCGUUCCUCGCAGGCCGCAGCUUCCACGGCGGCUGCAGCGCGGAGCUUGCGGAAUGUCAGCAAGCUUCGAGACGCUGGAAGCCUCGAAAUCGCCGUCCCAGACCCGCGUCCGAACCGGCAAGCCUUGCAUGCAGCUUCUGUCUCUGCUCCUGGUUCCACGCUGUGGAUGUCCUCCGCCUCCUCGCCGACUUGCUGAGGAUCUCUGAGGACCUCUCCACCCUUCGGCGCCGCGCCCUGGACCUGGCGGAGGGCCUCUUCCGGCCCUUUGCCUCCUCGUCUCGAGGCAGGGGGGGAAUUGCAUGCGUGGAAGCUCUGCAUGCACGGGGGCCGCUUCUCGAGGCGAGACGGACCCAACACUGCUCAGAAGGCGAGGCGCGGGGGCGCAGGGCCUCGCGACUGUGGGGUAAAGGCGACUCCACCCGAGUCUCCCACGACGACGGAGACGUCGGCUGGUCGCCGGGCCUCUUGUGGCUUCCUGCAUCUCGACGUCAGCUCGAGAAAGAGCUUCUUUUGCUCUUGGAGAAAGCCGAAAAGGCAGAUUGCUUACAGAGUGAAGGGGGGGCGCCGUCUCACUUUGCGCCGUCGCGUGCCGCGGCCUCGGGCGCCUUGCCUUCCCUUCGCGUUGCGCCGCUUCAGGGGAAGAAGCCCGUCUGUCAGGCCCUGGUCCUGGCUGCGGCUGUGGUCCUUCCUUUGGAUACAUCUGCAUGCAGAGGGGGCCAGACGAGUCCCCAGCUCGCUGCGCGAAACGUUUUCUCUUUGUGGCUUCAUGCAGCGAGUUACUGGGUAGCCGACAGCUCGCCAGACGUCCGGCAAGCCGCCUGGUAUCUCCUGCUCGCCGUUGUUCCCCGGCCGCCUUUUUCCUUCGGGGAGACAGACUCUGCGUACAGCCUUUCGCGACUGUCGACGCAAGAGGCAAGUCCUUCCCCGGCGAGCUGUGACGCUUCUGGAGUUCCCGGCCUUCUGCUGGCCUCGCUGCCGCCUCGCGCGUGGGCAGCGCUGCUCUGGCGGAGUGCAGAGGCGGUGGCGAGGCUCGCAGCCCCUGAGCCAGGAGCUGGCGGGGAUGCGGCGGCCGCGGCGACUCUUGCCCUGGAGUCCAACGCGUCCGAACAGGCUCCAAGUGACCCGCGGGAUGCCCCACGAGGCCCAGGGAGGCCCCUGCCUGCUGGCUUUUGUUCUCGGUGCCCUGAGUGUCUCGCAGAGUCGGUCGCGGCUGCUUUCUUCCUCUGCACGAUUCUGGAGACCUUCCGUUCUCUCGCUCUCAGUGCGGGAAGCCACACAGAAGACGAGAAUCUCCGACUGCAUGCGACAGUUGCUUUGUCGGACGACCAGCUCCUGGCGGGUGGCGGAGACCCCUGGAGCCUCCUUGGCGGGAGACGAGAUAGCGCAUGGCUUGAAGACGAGAGUUCUCGAGGGAGAGAGAGAGGUCGGCGCCCUCCAUCGAGAGGCGGUCAGGGAGGCGCCCGGCCGUUGCCUAUUCCCAGUAGCGACGCUUCAUCAAGCAGGCGAUGCGACACAGACAACGUUCUCGAAACUACUUUUCCUGACGACAGAAGCGAAGAAGAAGCCGCAUGGCGAGGUCUCGAAUUUCGUCUUCGCUCGAUCUGCCGCUGGCUUUGCAGUCCCCGUUUUCUCGGACAUGUCCUGCCCUGGUUUCUUCCAUUCGUCGUUCCUGCCCCGUUUCCCCGCCGCCUCAAACUCUCUCAUCGAACUCCCUUGGAGGCCCAGCUGGCAGGAGUACGUCUCCUUCGCUUGGCCCUCUCUUUGUCUCCCGCCCCCUGUCUCGCGCAGCUUCUGCCGGGAGCCAGUGUCUCCUCGCCGCGCGCCGCCGACCGCUGUAGGGCGCAGGAGACACCGCCUCCCGCUCUCGGCGAGGGCCCCGCAAGGAGACACCCGGCGACUUUGUGGGGUGUGUGGGGUGGCCUCGUCGCGGCUUUGAAUCCUGAGGAGGCCGCCUUCCAUCAAGACUCCUUUUCGGUCACCACUUUAGGCUCGGGGUGCGAUCCAAAUGGCGGAGACGAGAGCGAAACAGAGCGCCCUUCUCGAGCUUCGUUCCAGACCCGGGUGGCGCGCCAUUCACCCGACGACAGGGACCUGGAGAAAUGGCGGCCCCAGGGACUCCAGCCAGAACGAGGUGAGGAACGAGCAGAAGGGAAUGUUUGCAAGCAGUUGAGGAAUCGGCAUCAGGACGGCGAACUGCCGAGAAGAAGAGGCGACGUCCCAGCAGAAAGGUGCAGAGACAGCCGCGACUCUUCCCUCGCCCUCACGGUGGGCCUUGAGUCGCUGGCUGUAGCCCUCAGAGCCGCUGAACUGGACCCCGAGACCUUCGCGGUCGUCUGCGUGGAGUCGCCUCUUCUUGCCCAUGUGCGUCUUCUCGUUGAAGCGGUUUUGAGGGAGGGCGUCCGCAGUUGCCAGGUAGACGCCCGCGAGUCUCGAAACGGAGACACCGUACUCGCUCGGACUUGCUGUGGGGCGCUGCGGCGCUCCCGGCACCACCUGGCCGAGAGCGGCCGCACUGGAAAAACGGAGCUCAGGCUCGAAAGCGAGUCCGGAAGUCCGUGGGGGCCUUGUCGCGUUUGUGCUCGUUUGCCGCCUUCCCGAGGAAGCAGACGAGACUCGAGCACCGAAACGAAGGACCAGGAGGGGUCUCCUGUCUCCUUUGUCGCUUCCUGCUUCUGCGACGCCGCUACGCGCCUUAGGGCAUCGACCGCGCUUCAGAUGUCGCAAGCGACUUCUGUGCUUCUUCUGAGGCUCCUUGGGCUCCUCUAUCCGCGGGAGCGCUUGCACCUUCCUGCCGCCGCUUCACAACUCCUGGACAAGUGUCUCCUCGGCGCCCGUAGGGCUUGUCUCGGGUCUCGUCCCUCCCCCGACCCCGCGGCUGCUCGCCUCGCCAGAGACGCGGCGCGCAUUAACCUCUGGGCCGCCGACGGCCUCUGGAUGUUUCUGCUCUUCUGCAUCCAAGAUGGAUCCUCGCUGGAGGAACGACCGGCGUCUCCUGCCUCCGCGCCGACGGGCGUCUCGCCUCUCACACCGCUCACGCAGUCCUCUUCAGGGUCGCCCCAUCUGGGGCUCGGCCGCGUCCUCUCCCCUUCUGCUCUCUCCGCAGUGGUGGCUUUGAUUACUUUUCUUCUUUUUCUUUCGAACGACGCCUCCAGCUCUUCGACUACGACGUCGCAUGCACUUCCCCAGCCGUCCUCGCGGACCUGCACGGCCCUCUUCUACCGCCUCUCUGUUCUCCUCGUUUGCCAUCUCUCCACUCACUCCCUAGCUGAUCUCUGUGCUCGCGCUCUCCUUCCGUCUUCUAAGUGGACACCGCUCGUGUGUGGGGAGAGGGGGAGGACGUCAGUUUCCUCGGAGCUCUGCGCCAGCCAUGCGACUUCCGGGAGACAGGGGAUGUCUCUGUCUCGCGUCUCGGCCUUCACGGCGACACAGGAGAGAAAAGAGAGACGAAUCUCUCCUUCGCCUCGCCUCCAUAGCCCUCGCAUGCAGCGGGCAACUUCCGCUGUCUCCACUCCUCCGCGGCCGCGCUCGGCUGCUUUCCUUUCGUCGCCCAAACCGUCCCUGUCUCCUCGGGCAUUGUCCGGAGAGGGUGACAGGCGACUGGAAGGGAGAAAGAACAACUCUUUGUCGCUUGCAUCCGACGCGAAAGGGGGUGUGAAUCGGAGGCGCAGUUUCUGCGAGGGAGACACGAAGACGCAACGGCUUUGCUUUGAAGUCUGUGAGGAAGAUUUUGAAGUCCAGAGGCUGGAAGACCUCUUGUUUGAGGCGACUGCGCUCUUCUUCUUCUUCUCUCCGGCGGUCGCCUUCGCUGUCGCCUGGCGUCUGCCCCUCCCGGCCUUUGAGGAGAGAGCAAAGAGGAAAACGGAGGCCGGGACUCCCUUGGCUUCCCCCGUUUUCUCAGCGACUGCGUGCGUCGCGUCGGGGACUCGGCGAGGCGAGGAGACAGCACAGACGCUUUCCUCUCGCGAACAGAGACACCUUCUGCCAAUGCAAAUCCUCGCAGAAAUCGAGCUUCUCGCUCACGGUUCCACAGCCCGUGCGGUCAUCAACUUCGACGCGUCGGAGCGGCUUCUUGCGCGACAGAGACCGCCGCAGACAUCAAGCCUAAGGUCCGGCUUGGAAGAAUGGUUUGCAGCUUCUCUUCUUCGAGCUCCUCUGGCGCCGCCGCGGGCCUCUGUGGAAGCGCGGCGCGGCGAGCCUCGCGAGGAGACAGUCUCCUCGACUCGAAGGCACAUCACGAGCUCAGCGAGUUGUGGGGAGUUGGUCGAACGCAGGCUGUCGCGCCUGCUCCUCCUUCUUGCCCUCGUCUGCACCAGCGAAGGACGGAAAAAGAAGGAAAAUGGCUUAAGAGAGGCAGUGAGAGAACGCGACGCGGCCCCGUUCGGCGUCGCCAUCGCAGCUCUCAAGUCGCUCUGGCGGCUGGCUGCCACCCAGGACCAUCUAAGGCGCGUUGUGCUCGUUUUUCUUCAGCGGUGUCUCCUUGGGCCCCAGUCCCUGUCUUCCUCUCCGGACUUUUUCUCUCUGCCGUGUCCGCCUGUGCCGAGCUUCUCGUCCUCCGCGCCUUCCUCAGGCGUCUCCCCAGACGUUCUUCUUCGCUGCCGUCUGAAUGAGUCUGGUCUUCUGGACGCAUUGCUCGCUGCGUCGCUCGAUGCUUUGGAGAGACGCGACGCUCUGUUCCUCCCUUCUUCGUCUUCCAGAUGUUACGGCUCUGGAGAGAGGCGAGGCCUGUGUGUCUCUCGCGCAGGCUCCCCGCUUCCCGCUGACGCGCUUGCGACUCUUUUCUUUCUCGUCGCGGCCAGCGUCUCGGCAAAGAGUGAGAAACGCACGGAACUCCUCGGCUUCGCUGCGCAGCUCGCCACUCACGUUAAGGCUCUGCUUUCUGCCUUCGUCCACGAGGUCCGCGCGGCUCUCCCCCAGCAGAGUUCUCUCCACGCCUCGGCUUCUGCCCAUUCUCGCUCUCCUCGCGUUUCUUCGCUCGCGUCCGCGGGAGCCUCGGGGGCUUCCUCGCCUCGGCUCGCGGCCCCUCACGCCGAGCCGACCGCCGCGUUUGAGGCCCGACUCGUGGGGUGUCUCCACUGUCUCCGAGCGAUUUGUGGGGUGGGGGGCGUCGCGGAGGACUGCCGAAGCCUCUCGUGUCUGUUUGCAGCGUCUCCGCUCCUUUCCAUCGGUGGAGACCGAGGCCCGGUGUUCGCCGAGGUCGUACGGGAUCCACAGGGCCAGGGGGAUCUCUCUGGAUGGCCAAGCAGAUGCAUGCAGUCGCCUCGACUCGACUUCGCCACGAAGGGUCACUACGCAACGCAGGCGGAGAUCCGCGAAACCAUCGACCUGCUCGCGAGCGCGCUCCUCGUUCCCUCGCUCUCCUUCGCUUCGCUCGCGGCCCUGCUCGCCUUCCUCGCUGCAUGCGUCGGCGGAGGCUCCUUUGCGGCUGCCUUCGCCUCGCCGCUCAGCAAGUCUGCGCGGCUUCUUCUUCUUUCGUCCAAAGCCUUCCUCACUGUCCCCGCGUUCCUUUUGUCGCACCGCUUCUCCCCGGCGUUGCUGGACCAAGAGAAAGAGCGAGAACGCGAGAGAGGAGAAGAAGAAGGUGAACACAAGGGAAGCAGAAGAGAGCAGAGGCGACUUUUCUUUGAGGGUGGAACUGCAUAUCUGCAUGCUUCGCAAGCAGGGCGAGAAGGACUGAGAAAGGAGAAGAGAGAGAAAGAAGAUUUCCUCUUCUGGCGCGCAGGACUUCGUUCCCUCUUGGAGCUGUUGCUGGCCACCGUCUGUGUCGAUCGACGCGUCGCAGGCGGCGCUCAGAAGAUGCAGAAGCCGACUCUCUGUGCGGCUCUUCGUGUCUGGCGCUCGCGGCUCUCUGAGAGCGCAGAGUCGCAUCCAAACUCAUCGUCGGAAAAACGAACGUUCUCCCCCUGUCGCGUCGCCUUUGACACUUUCGCUUGCCGAAGCAGAAACGGAGGGGAAGGCGCAGAAGAUUCCAAAAGCGACAGAGAAGAUCACCGUUCCCUCGCGGAUCGAAGAGGGGAACAGGGCGCAGACUCAGACGCGGAUCCUACAGACGAAACGCUGUUGCAUCUCGUCUCUUCUGUCAUGGAAAACAUUUGA